UUCUGGCGGAACUCAAGAAAAGCGACACAGCAAUGGCAGCGACCUUGUAGAGCGUGGUGUCCACAACAGUUUUCAUGAGUUAACCACCUAAAAUGCUCCUGCGUGGACCCCACACAGUCGCAGUCCGGUGUUUAUAGGCUCCGUUUCUAGGUGGAUAUCAUGAUCUCCCUCGUCAAGGCUGCUGUCGGCGGACUGACGGGCAUCUGCAGAGCCCACGGUCACCAAGGUCCUUUGCACAGCCACCUGAAAGUCCUAGCUGCUGGGCUGAAGACCGUGAAUAUCCCUCCAGACUACAGUGAUGUGAUAUUGCCAGAUAAACCCAAACUGAAGUUUGUGAGCAAGGUGCCUGACUUAAAAAAGGCAAGGAAAGAGAUGAAGAAACUGCGUGAUAUCCGAGGCCCAGCCAAAGAAGGAAGUACUUUCAGUAAUGGGCAGUACGCUAUUGUGGCCAUGGGAGGGGGAUACCUUCAUUGGGGUCACAUAGAAAUGAUUCGUCUGACCAUCAACCGCAAGAUGGACCCCCAGACUACAUUUGCCCACUGGCGCAUUCGUGGCCCAUAUAAGCCUGUCACACGUAAAGGUCUGGGUCAACGUAUGGGUGGGGGCAAAGGAGCCAUUGACCACUAUGUGACACCUGUCCGCUACGGCCGUCUAAUCGUGGAGCUGGGAGGAAAGGUGGAGCUGGGGGAGGUUGAGCAUAUCUUGAUUGAAGUGGCAAAGAAGCUACCCUUCCCUGCCAAGGUACUGAGCAGAGAAGGCCUCGCAGCCCUGCAGAAGGAGCAGGCUGAUAUGGAGCAGAACAACCAGAAUCCCUGGACCUUCAAGCAAAUAGCGCAUGGCAACAUGCUGGGUAUCAGGAAGGUGCUCAGCCCCCAUGACCUUCACAACCAUGGACGCUUCGCAGGCAAAUUUCACCUCACAGGGAGGGUGUGAAAUCAGUAGCGUCAUACUGUGACACCAUCCAGACCACGCCACUGAAGAAGCAACUUUCAGUCAUAUUUGGGAAUCUUUUGUGUUUUUUUAUGCAAAUAUAUUGACAUUUUGAGAGAAGAUAUUGAGAUAUUUUCCAUUUUCUGCUUAAAAAACUAAUAAACAAUAUUUCAGUUUGA